AUGUGCGGUGUACCUGAUCGAGGUGACUUGAGUGAUCCAGGAGGCUCCCGUAGAGUAGUGAGUGGGGGGCCGGGCGCUGCGGCGGUGGCCGGCUGGUCGCCCGCGGCGAUCCUCGGAGGACGCCGGAGGCCGCGGCGACGCAGCGGGCGGCCACUUAGGACCCUGCCUUACAAAUCAUCGCCGUCCCUCGCUGGCCGGCCAGACGUACGGCGGCCCGGAGCGCCAUCCGUCAGCGCGCCGGCAGCCGCCGCGCCGCCCUUAUUAGAUUCCCGCGGGCAGCGGCUCUGCGGGUCCUCCUACCUCCGCGUCUCUCCCCCCCUACCUCUGUCCCGCUCCCUCCGCGGCGGCCUCGCGACAAAUACGAUUACGGCCGUGAUACAUCGCCGCGACCGGUCGCCACCGCCGUCACCGUCCAGCGCAGAGCCGAGGCCCUCCGCGGUAAAUAAAGGCAGCGGGCCCUCGGCGCCGUCGCGCAAGACCCAAAAGGCGCCAGCCAGUUCGACUGCACUCGGCCAGCUGCGUGUGCGACGGGUACCCAGAUUGCGCGCGAGAAGAGGAUCGGUGGCUGCGCUGGGAUUAACACCUGCAGGUGGGACACCCGGCGGGUCGCGGUGCGUGGCGGAGCGUGCCUGCGCCCCCGCCCCCGCCCCCGCCCCCAGGACGCGCCCGGCGUGCUAUCGCCACGCUUAUCAAACUGAGUGCUGCUCCGGCGGCCCACCUCACUCCGCGCGCGCCUCUCCAAACCAACAAUUUUUAAUCCAAAUACCGCGACAACAGUUUUAG